AUGUCCUUUGUUCUCGCUCAGGCCCUUGGAAACGAGUUUGAUGAUCUUGUUUUGAGUCGCUUGAACCGGAAGCGCGCCGACCCGAAUCUUCGCGACAAGUUUGCAGCUCGGCCCAAAACGAGUUUCAACGUUGCUCUCGCAACCUCACAAUCUCGCAAGCGGCCGAAAAUCGAAAGUACAAGCCUCUCUGAAGUGUUAACUUAG